AUGGCCGACUGGCAUCCAAAUGUGAUGCUUUGGACAGGAUUUGUCGAUUUCUGUUCAAAUGCAUACCAUUGGCAGAGUACUGGUCAGAAACAGAGUGGUGUAGAGGAUAUGGUGUUAUUAUCAAAAAUAUCUGAAUCUGCCAUUGUUGAGAAUUUGAAAAAGAGAUUUAUGGAUGACUGGAUUUUUACUUACAUAGGACCUGUAUUGGUAUCUGUGAAUCCAUUUAAACAGCUAAAGUAUUUCACAGACAAGGAAGUUGACAUGUAUCAGGGCGCAGCUUCCUAUGAAAACCCACCGCAUAUCUAUGCUCUUGCAGACAACAUGUAUAGAAAUAUGAUGAUAGAUUUUGAAAGUCAAUGCGUAAUCAUAAGCGGGGAGAGUGGUGCUGGUAAAACAGUUGCUGCCAAGUACAUCAUGAGUUACAUUGCCAAAGUAUCGGGUGGAGGGGAACGUGUACAACAUGUAAAAGACACCAUUCUACAGUCCAAUCCACUCUUGGAAGCAUUUGGAAAUGCCAAGACAGUGAGAAAUAACAACUCAAGUAGAUUUGGAAAGUAUGUAGAGAUUCUGUUUGACAGAGGUGGUGAGCCAGAUGGUGGGAAAAUUUCAAACUUUUUAUUGGAGAAGUCUAGAGUUGUGAGUCAGAAUGAGAAUGAAAGAAACUUUCAUAUCUUCUAUCAACUGUUAGCUGGUGCCAAUUCAACCCUCCGAGAAUCCCUGGGACUAACAAGUCCAGAUUAUUAUUACUAUUUAAACCAGAGUGGAGUUUACAAAGUUGAUGAUAUGGAUGAUAAGAAAGAAUUUCAUGAUACUGUAAAUGCUAUGAAUAUUAUAGGCAUACCAAAAGAAGACCAAGACAUGGUACUACAGUGUGUUGCUGCUGUAUUGCAUCUCGGAAAUAUAAGUUUUGCUGAAGAUGGCAAUUAUGCCAAGGUAGCAGAUGAUGAGUUCUUGGCAUAUCCUGCUUUUCUUCUCUCUAUUGAAGAAGAUCUUUUAAAGACUAAACUAACAAGUCGUGUUAUGGACAGUAAAUGGGGCGGUAAAUCAGAGAUUAUCAAUGUGAAACUAAACACUGAACAGGCUUGUUACAGCAGAGAUGCCUUGGCUAAGGCUAUACAUACUAGAAUAUUUGACUAUCUGGUAGAGUCGAUAAACCAAGCCAUGGAGAAGGAAGAUGAAGUUGUUAAUAUUGGUGUCUUAGAUAUUUAUGGAUUUGAAAUUUUCCAUAAAAAUGGAUUUGAACAGUUUUGCAUCAAUUUUGUUAAUGAGAAACUGCAACAGAUCUUCAUUGAACUAACUUUGAAAGCUGAGCAGGAAGAAUAUGUGAGUGAAGGUAUUAAAUGGAAACCAAUUGAAUAUUUCAACAACAAAAUAGUGUGUGAUCUAAUAGAAAGCAAGACACCACCAGGUCUAAUGUGUGUUUUAGAUGAUGUAUGUGCUACUCUACACACAGUUACUGAAGGUGCUGAUCAAACUUUCUUACAGAAAGCAGAUGCAUCGGUGGGAAGUCAUCAGCAUUAUCAAGGCACUAAUGUAGGAUUUAUGAUACAUCAUUAUGCCGGAAAGGUGGCUUAUGAAGCUGAUGGUUUCUGUGAUCGUAAUCGAGAUGUACUAUUUACUGAUUUAAUUCAACUGAUGCAGUCAAGUGAAAUACCAUUUGUACAGAGUCUUUUCCCUGAAGAUGUGAGUGGAAUUCAAAAAGGAAGACCCUCUACAGCUGGUAGUAAAAUUAAGAAACAAGCCAACAAGUUAGUUAACGAAUUAAUGCAAUGUACGCCCCAUUAUAUACGGUGUAUUAAACCUAAUGAGACAAAGAAAGCACAUGACUGGGAAGAAAGAAGAGUUCUUCAUCAAGUGGAAUAUUUAGGGCUGAAGGAAAACAUAAGAAUAAGGCGUGCUGGAUUUGCAUACCGACGAGAUUUUCAAAAAUUUUUAAGAAGAUACGCCAUUGUUACAAGUGAAACAUGGCCACAGUGGCGUGGUGAUGUACGGUCUGGGAUUAAACACAUCAUGAAUGCUGUACAUAUGGAAGCAGAUCAGUGGCAGCUUGGUAAAAGCAAGAUCUUCAUCAAAGCUCCAGAAUCUCUAUUUUUACUUGAAGAACACAGAGAAAGAAAAUAUGAUACAUAUGCAAGAAUUAUACAGAAAGCUUUCAGAAAACACAAUGCAAAUAGAUAUUAUCUCAGACUCAAACAACAAGCCUCUGAUAUUCUGUUAAACAAGAAAGAACGUAGACGUUAUAGUUUGAAUCGUAACUUUGCUGGUGAUUACAUUGGUAUCGAUGAUAAUCCAGGAUUGAGAGCUUUAGUCGCUAGGAGGGAGAAGAUAGAAUUUGCUGAUACUGUAACUAAAUAUGACAGACGAUUUAAGACUACCAAGCGAGACUUGUUGUUGACUAACAAAUACAUCUACUUAGUUGGGAGGGAAAUAGUUAAGAAAGGACCAGAGAAGGGCCUAAUGAAAGAGGUUGUGAAAAGGAAAAUUGAACUUCACAAAGUGGAAUCCAUCACAAUGAGCACCCAGCAAGAUGACCUCUUUGUUGUCAAUGUUCUCAAUGAUUAUGCAAGUUUACUGGAGUCUGUUUUCAAAACAGAAUUUGUAACUGUGCUUUCCAAGAAAUUUGAAUCAUCCAAUAGAAAGUUAACUGUUAAUUUUAAUAACAUGAUUGAGUUUGCUGUCAAAAAAGAAGGCUGGGGUGGUGGUGGCACAAGACAAAUCAAAUUUACCACUGGACCCGGAUUGCCCAAUGAUGCCACGGUACUCAAAACCAGUGGUAAAACAUUGCAUGUUACUAUUAAACCCGGACUUCCCAAAAAUUCAAGGCCUGGCAUCAGGGAAAAGGUUAGUAGGAAUGCUGGUAAUGGUGCAGUUGUUGGGCACCGACCUGGGGCAGGAAGACCAGCACAUAGAGCAGCACCAAAGGCACCUACAGCAUGGAGUAUUAGAACAAGAGGUAGUGGUGGUAAAAACCUUACUAGAGGAAAGAGUACUGAGCAUCCAUCUCUUCCUAGGGGAGGUGCACAAAGUCUGGCUAAGCAAAUGAAAAAUCAGAGUCGUGAAUUUAUGAAUACUCCGGAUGCCGGUGUUUCUGGACAUAAAAGGAAAACUAUUGAAAGGGAUCCACGAGGAAAACCACAAAUGAAACCCAAACCUCCCAGGAAACCUAAACCACAAUUACCAAAGGGAAAAGCAUUAUGGGACUAUGAUGCACAAGAUACUGAAGAAUUACACUUACAAGUCGGUGAUAUUGUGGAGAUUCUCAAAGAAGAUCCCUCAGGAUGGUGGACUGGAAAACUAAGAGGAAAGGAAGGUUUAUUUCCAUCCAAUUACAUUGAGAAGAUAUGAACACUUUCUCAGAUUAUAGUUGUACUCAAGAAACAAGAUAAUUCUUUUUCUAUAUACAAGAAAAAGAAUUUAAUUUAUUCAGAAGUGAUGCAGGG